AUGGCCAUCUGGAGAAUGCGACCUGGAGAUGAGAACGGCCCACUGUCUAUGAGGACACCUAAUACCACUGUAGCUGUCUCCUUCUUCAGCUGGACGGUGGGGUGGGCUGGCUCUGAUGCUGAGAAUAACACAACUUGGAAGCCAGAUUCUUGCCAAGACUGCCGUUGCCGUAGCAAUAUUGUCACCUGUGAACCUACUGUCUGCAAACACCCUCAGUGUGACUUUCAGAAGGGAGAAGUGCUCCAAAUAGCCCCCAACAAGUGCUGCCCUGAGUGUGUGUCCCGAGCUGAAGGAUUUUGCCAGCAUGAAGGACAGAUCCACAGCCACGGCACGCAGUGGACCAGCUCUGGAUGUGUCCGGUGCUCCUGUGCCCAUGGGAAGGUGAACUGCACCCCCACAGCCUGCCCACCCCUCACUUGUGGACGAGGGGAGCUGCAAUACACUGCUCAGGGAUCCUGCUGUCCCAAAUGUGUGGGCCGUGGCGGGCCUUGCUCCUUUGAUGGACGCUUGUUCCAGGAUGGUGAGGACUGGCGCCUUGGUCGGUGCUCCAAAUGUGUCUGCAGGGACGGCGUGACUCAGUGCUUCACAACUUCCUGCCAGCCUCUGCUCUGCAGCCAGGAUGAAGUUAUGGUUAUGUCUCCUGGAAAAUGCUGCCCAGAAUGCGUUCCAAAGCCCUGCUUGGUGUCAGGAAGAGUGUACCAGCAUGGCGAACAGUGGAAAAAAACCACCUGCACUGCAUGUGCAUGUCACAGAGGAGAAGUCAGAUGUCUAAGAGAGACCUGUGACUCUGUUACCUGUGAGAAGGGGGAGAGCAAAGUGCAGCGUCCCGGGAAGUGCUGUGAGGAGUGUGUGUCUUCCAAGGGAAGCUGCUUGUAUGACGGCACCGUCAGGUACCACAGUGAGAUGUGGAAUAGCACCCGCUGUGACUUCUGCAUGUGUGAUGAAGGGCAAGUCACUUGCCAGGAAGCAGAGUGUGCCAGAGUAGAGUGUCCCAAGGGUGAAGAAUUAAUUCACUUAGAUGGGAAGUGCUGUCCUGAAUGUAUUUCAAGGAACAGUUACUGUGUUUACAAAGAACAUAUCAAAGCUGUGAAUCUCUCUCCCUCUGACCCAAGUGAGGUAAAACAUAUUAAGAACGGAGAGAAAUGGGAAGAAGGGCUCUGCGGAGAAUGCGAAUGCCGGGAGGCGGAGGUGACCUGCUUCCAGCGCUCUUGCCCGUCCUGCCCGCCGGGCAGCCUGGCUGUCGAGGCGAAGGGUGACUGCUGCCCGCACUGCGAGCCAGUUGAGUGCCACCCAGACUGUUUGACCUGCUCUCAGUCCUUUGAUCACUGCAGUGCCUGCCGAGACGCAAGGAGGUGGCUGCAGAAUGGGCGCUGUGUGGAGACGUGUGAAUCGGGCUUCUACCAGGAUGGGGGGACCUGCUUAGCCUGCAAUGAAACAUGCUCAGCCUGUACCAAUGAAUUUGAGUGCUCCUCGUGCCAGACAUCCCUGCUAAUGAAGAGCGGGCAGUGUGUGACUUCGUGUGGGAAGGGAUACUUCCAGGAUCAGCUCCUCUGCACAGCUUGUCACGAGUCCUGUUCCGCGUGCUGGGGUGCUGCUGAGAACAAUUGUUUGUCCUGCAAAGACGCAUCACGCGUGCUGAAAGCGGGGCUCUGCGUGGCCAGCUGUGGACAGGGAUUUUAUACAAAGGAUGGAAUCUGCAGUGCUUGUGACCAGUUCUGUGAAACAUGCUAUUCAGACCAGCCCAGGUGUCUGACCUGUGCUUCAGAUAGGUUGUUACAUGAUGGGAAGUGCAUUUCAGAGUGCCCAGACGGAUAUUUCCCAAGUGGCAAUGGAAGAUGCAGAGCUUGUCACGAUUCAUGCUCCACAUGUGAGGGACCUCUGGCCACUCACUGCACCUCCUGUUCCUUUCCUCUGGCGUUGCACCGGGGCCAGUGCCUGCAGGGCUGUGGCGAGGGUUUUUACUGGGAUCACAACGUCUGCAAGGGUUGCCACCCGUCCUGCCGCACCUGCAUCGGCCCGGGGGCCUCUCGCUGCCUGCAGUGCAGGGCGCCAGGGGACGUGCUGCAGCCUCAGCAGCCCAUGGAAGGACCUGUACAUGGCCUUUGCCUCUCUCACUGCCAAGCCCGGUUCUACACAGAUAGCGCAGGAGUCUGCAAACAGUGCCAAUCCUCCUGCGCAGGCUGCGUGGGGAACACUUCUCAGGACUGCACGGCUUGUCUGUCUUCCCACGUCCUGCUUGAAGGCAGCUGCCUCUCCGAGUGCCCGGAGGGGCUGUUCAGCCACGAAGAUCGCUGCUACUCCUGUCAUCCAUCCUGCAAGACGUGCCGUGGCCCUUCUGAUUUGGAGUGCUUAACCUGCCAUCCCCAUGCGACUCUAGCUAGUGGGAAGUGCAGGACUAGCUGCAAGGAAGAGCAGUAUCUCAACCUGGUGGGAUAUUGCGUGGACUGCCACCCUUUGUGCCGUCAGUGCGUGGCCAACCUGCAGGACACCGGCAGCAUCUGUCUGAAGUGCCAGAACGCCCGUCACUUGCUCCUGGGGGAUCACUGCAUUCCUGACUGUCCCAUGGGAUACUACGCGGAGAAUGGUGCCUGCAAAAGGUGUCACCCCUCAUGUAAAACCUGCACCGGCGAGGGUCCUUUUUCCUGCUCUUCUUGCAACACCAGCCUGGUUCUCUCCCACACCAGCAUGUGUGCGCCAGCCUGUUCCCCGGGAUACUACAGGGAUGACCGGUGGACCUGCAGACCUUGCGACAGCCAGUGCCUGAGCUGUGAAUCAGCCACCGGCUGUACGUCUUGCCGAGAUCCAGCUAAGGUCCUGUUAUUUGGAGAGUGCCAGUAUGAGAGCUGUGCUCAGCAGUAUUAUCUGGAUUUUUCCAGCAAGACUUGCAGAGAGUGUGACUGGAGCUGUAACGCUUGUAAAGGUCCCCAGAGGACUGACUGCCUGCAGUGUAUGGAGGGCUACAUUCUCCAUGAAGGAGCUUGUGUGGAACAGUGCCCUGCAGCUUUCUACAAGGAAUCAGACACAUGCCAGAGGUGUGAUCAACACUGCCUUCAGUGUCACCAAGCGGACGAGUGCAGCCUUUGCGAAGCCCCGUUUUUCCUCUUGGACACUUACUGUGUUCACAAAUGUGGGAAGCGAUACUAUGCAGACCACGCGCAGCGCAAGUGCGCAGCUUGUCCUCCUGGAUGCUUGGCGUGUGACAGUGACAGCCUGUGCCACCUCUGUGACAGCACCACGUUUUUGAAGAAUAAGAUGUGUGUUUCUGCCUGUGGCCAGGGUUUCUAUGGCAACACGUGGACCAGGGAGUGCGAAGAAGCCAGCAAACGUCCCACGAGCUUCCACAUGAACAGUACCCUCACAGUAGGAAUCGGCGGGGUAAAGCCCCUAGACCUCUCCUUACUGGGUGUGUGUGAUCUGGAUGGUGACACAGGACAGCUCUUGUUCCGUAUCGACAGCACCCCCUCCAACGGCAGGCUGGUGGUGGUGGUGAAUGGCAAAGAGGUGCAGCUGAGCAAAGGCGACCACUUCAACUGCAAGGAUGUGAAGGAGAAGAGAGUCCGCUUUGUGCACAGCAAGGAGAAAUCCAGGAAAGGACAGUUUUCCUUGAAGGUCAGCGAUCAACAGUUCUUCUCCCAUCCUGAGGUGGUCAACAUUCAAGCAUUUUCAACACAGGCCCCAUAUGUGUUCAGAAAUGAGGCCCUCCUUGUCCGCAGAGGGAAAAUUGGAACUAUAACAGAACUGUUGCUUGGUGUGAGAGACGGCGACAAUCCUCAGGACGUCGUGCUGAUGGUUUUAGAGCCUCCACGUCACGGGCGGCUGAUCAGGCCUCCUGGAGGCUCGGCUUCUGCAGUCCACGUAUUCCACCUGGGUGACCUUGCCAACGGACUGCUGCGUUAUGCUCACGAUGGCUCCGAUACCCAGGAUGAUGCAGUACUUUUGCAACUGAACGACGGGUAUCACUUCCAGAACAUCUUGUUCCACAUCAAGAUUGUUCCCAAGAAUAACAGAAACCCUCAACUGGUGACGAAUUCCCUGGUCUGGGUGCCCCAGGGAGGCAUGCUACAGAUCUCCAAGACAAUUCUGCACGCUGAGCUACCCGGUGCCCGUGACGCCGAGAUAACCUACACCAUCAUCAAGGACCAGCCAAGACAUGGUGAAGUGGUGCUGCUGGUCCCAAUGCCGGCGGAUGACCCAGCAGACUCCUGGCAGCUUUUGCCUGAUGGAAGAGCAGCCUCACCUACAACCUCUUUUACCCAGCAAGACAUCAACGAAGGCAUCGUGUGGUACAGGCACUCUGGGUCUGAAGUAGAGAGUGACUCCUUCCAGUUCCAGGUGUCCAGCUCUGCCAGUCCACAAACCAGCUUGGAAAGCCACGUAUUCAACGUUGCUGUUCUCCCGCAGACACCCAGAGCACCUCAGCUUUCCCUCGGCUCCUCUUUGCACAUGGCUGUGCUGGAGGACCGUGUGACAGUGAUUGAGCCCCAUCACCUCUCCUUUGUAGACCCGGAGAUUCCCAGUGAGAAAAUCCUGUUCAACGUGACCGUCCCCCUCCUUCCUGGCCAAGGUAUCGUGGAGCAUAGAGACAGGCCUCUCUCCCCAGUCAGGUACUUCACCCAAGCGGAUAUAAACCAUGGCAAGAUUGCUUAUCGUCCGCCGACUGCAGCUCCUCACUUGAGAGAGAUCAUUGCCUUCUCCUUUGCGGGUCUCCCAGAGUCAGUGAGCUUCCGAUUCACAGUGUCUGAUGGAGAACACACAACCCCGGAGAUGCCGUUUGUCAUUCAUCUGCUCUCUGCAGAGCAGCAGCCUCCAGUCUUCCAGAUCACAGCUCCGUUCCUGGAGGUCAGCCAGGGGGGCAGAGCCACCAUUGGGAUCCAGUUAGCCGUGAGUGACACAGAUACAGCUCCUGAGGGUCUUUUCUUUGAGCUGGUGAAACCUCCCCUUCAUGGCAUUGUGCUCAAGUACAGCGCAGGCGUGCAGGAGCGCAUGAGAGCCGGUGACACCUUCACCUACGAGGACGUCACUCGAAAUGCUCUGCAGUACGUGCACGAUGGUUCGGCAGCAGCAGAGGACAGCAUGGAAAUCUCUGUCACCGACGGUGUCACCACAGUCACCACAGUGCUGAGGGUGGAAGUGUCCCUGCUGGAUAACAACGGUCCACAGCUGGCCCCGGGCUGCUUGUUGGCAAUCACUGUGGCUAGUAAAAGCUCUGUGACCCUCUCUCGUUUGCACCUCGCUUAUAUUGACAACAAUUCUCCUGACUCGGAGAUAAGAAUCCAGUUAAUAUCUCUGCCUGCAUAUGGCACCCUCUUACGGAUGUCUGGCUCUCAUGACAAAGAGCUUUCCAAAGUUUAUAAUUUCACCAUGGAAGACAUCAACAACCAGAGGAUCAGCUACUCCACCAUGUUUGAGACGAGCAAUCAGCCAGUUAUGGACAUCUUCCACUUUGCUGUUUUUGAUGCUGAUAACAACCGGCUCGACAGACAGAUGUUCACCAUCACCAUCACAUCUGCCCAGACAAUGCCGUCGCUCAUUGCUUUUGCUGAUCAUAUCACUGUGGAUGAGGGUGGCAGGGUCCCGCUGCUGGCUCAUCACCACUUAGCUGCUGAUUAUGAUACUGCUGCCAAGGAAGACCUGAGGGUCACAGUUAUCACUCUACCUAUGUAUGGCUACAUUGAAAACACUAAGACAGGUGAGAAUUUUGGCCCCCAGGGCGAGUCUGCUGUCACCGCAGACGCAUCCUUUUCCCUUCAAGAUGUUCUGGAGAACAGUAUUAACUACUUCCAGAGCGUCCAUGAAAGCAUCGAGCCGACAAGUGAUGUUUUCAGCUUUUACGUGAGCGAUGGCUUCAGCCAGACUGAGGUGCAGAGCAUUAACAUCACCAUUCAGCGACAGAAUGAUGAGCCCCCGAAGAUGGUGCUGGAGCCCGUCAGAGUGCACGAGGGCACAGGUGUGGUCGUUACCAACGCCUCCCUCAACCUGCAGGACUUGGACACCCACAACAGUGAGCUUGUCAUCACGGUCACCAGAAGUCCUGAACAUGGUCACCUCCGCAGGAGGCAGACUGCUGCGGAGCCCCCGGAGCACGGACAUUUGCUGUCCACGGGCUCGGCCUUCACCUACCAGGACAUUUUGGAUGAGCUGAUCGUUUAUACUCAGAGCGGUGCAGCAGCACAAACAGACGAGUUUGGCUUCUCCAUCACGGAUGGACUCUACACGCAGAAGGGGAGGCUGGAGUUCUUCAUGGAGCUGCCAAAGAAGCAGCCACCCACAUUAGCUGUCAACAGGGGCCUGCAGCUCCCAGUUGGCUCUGCAGCAUACCUCACAGAUCAGCACUUGAAAGCAGCAGCUAUUUAUUCAGAUGACACAACGAUUAGAUUUGUCAUGAAGAGGGAUCCCAGCAGGGGCCAUCUGCAGCUGACCAAAACUGAUAAUCCAGUCCAGAUCUCUGUCGAAGGACCUGUCAAAAGUUUCACCCAGGCUGAUAUAAAUAAAGGGCAAGUGGUGUACAGUCACAAGAAAGGGGACCCUGGCGGAAAUUUCGCCUUCACCUUUGAUGUGAUUGAUGCAGAUGGCAACAAACUGACGGACCAGGUUUUUUAUAUUAGUGUCUUAGAGGACAGGUUUCCCCCCUCCAUCAUCGCUAACAAAGGGCUGGUCUUGGAUGAGAACUCGGCAAAGAUGAUCACAACCCUCCAGCUCUCUGCCACUGACCAGGACAGUGAGCCGACCCAGCUCCGGUACACGCUCACCAAGCAGCCUCAGCUGGGGCACCUGGAGCACGCAGCCUCCCCAGGGACAAGAAUUAGUUCUUUCAGCCAGGCAGACUUGGCCUCUCGCAGCAUCCGGUAUGUCCACACCAGUGACUUGGAAAAGCAUACGGAUGCGUUCACCUUCUCGGUUUCUGAUGGAACGAAUGAGGUGAGCCAGACAUUUGACAUCACCAUAAACCCCGUGGAUGACUCCCUACCCGUGGUGCAAAGCCUCGGGAUGACAGUUCAGGAAGGUGUGAGAAAAACCAUCACAGAGUUUGAGCUUAAAGCAACAGAUGCUGACACAGAGGCAGAGUCAAUUACGUUCACAGUCAUGCAGCCCCCUCGGCAUGGCCUGAUUGAACGCACCAGCAACGGGCAGCGUUACCACCAAGCCACCACCUUCACGAUGGACGACAUCUACCAGAACCGCAUCAGCUACAGUCAUGAUGGUAGCAACUCGCUGAAGGAUCGCUUCACUUUCACCGUGUCUGAUGGGACCAAUCCCUUCUUCAUUAUGGAGGACGGGGGGAAGAAGGUUGUGACAGCAGCACCGCAGCGCUUCAAAGUGGAUGUUCUCUCUGUGGAUGAUGGGACACCCAGGGUCAUCACCAACCUGGGUUUGCAGUGGCUGGAGUACGUGGAUGGCAAGGCAACCAAUCUAAUCACUAAGAAGGAAUUACUGACGACAGAUCCUGACACAGAUGACAAACAGCUGAUCUAUGAGAUAACAACUGGUCCCAGGAAUGGUUAUGUGGAGAACAAGCUGAAACCAGGGACAACUGUGACCACCUUUACACAGGAGGAUGUGAACCAGGGCCUCAUUCGGUACGUGAUGCAUGAGGAGAAGGUUCAGGAGACCACAGACAGCUUUCAGUUCCUAGUGAAGGACAGCAAACCCAAUGUGGUCAGUGGCAACAUCUUCCACAUCCAGUGGUCUCUCCUCAGCUUUACAUACACCAGCUACAGCGUCAAGGAGAACGCAGGCUCUGUGAGCGUCACCGUGAGGCGGAUCGGUAACCUCAACCAGUACGCGAUUGUCUUGUGCCGCACGGAGCAGGGAACGGCCACCUCCAGCUCCGGUUCACAGCCAGGAGAACAGGACUACAUGGAGUACGCAGGGCAGGUGCAGUUUGAGGAGCAGGAGGACACCAAGGCCUGCACCAUCGUCAUUAAUGACGACGACGUCUUUGAGAGCAUGGAGAGCUUUGCGGUGGAGCUCAGCAUGCCGGCCUAUGCUCUGCUGGGGAACAUCACCCGGUCCACGGUCACCAUCACUGAUGCAGAGGACGAGCCCACCCUGCAGUUCGACAGCAAGACGUACCACGUCAGCGAGAGCGCUGGCUUUCUCUCCGCUCCUGUUGAAAGGAAAGGGGAUACCAGCAGCACCGUGUCUGCCGUCUGCUACACUGUCCCCAAAUCAGCCAAGGGAAGCAGCCUUUAUAUGCUGGAAUCCGGCUCCGACUUCAAGUCCCGGGGGAUGACGGAUGACAGCCGCAUUGUUUUUGGUCCGGGUGUCACCAUGACGACGUGCGACGUCACGCUGAUCGAUGACAGUGAAUACGAAGAAGAAGAGGAGUUUGAGAUCGUAUUGGCCGAUGCCUCAGAUAACGCACGCAUUGGCAGCCGGGCUUCGGCCAACGUCUUCAUCGCCGGACCCAACGAUGCCUCUACAGUGUCCCUGGGGAAUGCUACUUUUACCGUCAGCGAGGCUGCAGGGAACAUUGAGAUUCCAGUCCUCCGACAGGGACCUGAUCUCUCAACCCCCGUCUCGGUGUGGUGUGCCACUCGGACAUCAGACCCUCCAUCCGCCAGCCCGGGAAUCGAUUAUGUCCCCAGCUCCAGAAAAAUAGAGUUCAGGCCAGGCAAGACAGAAGAGUUCUGCACUCUGACAAUCCUGGACGACGCGCAGUACCCGGUGAUAGAAGGGCUAGAGACAUUUGUUGUUUAUCUCAGCUCACCCCACGGAGCCGAGCUGACAAAGCCGUUCCAAGCGAUCGUGGCCAUUAAUGACAUCUUCCAAGAUGUACCAAGCAUGCAGUUCACCAAGGAUGCAUACACGGUGAAGGAGAAGGAGGGUACCUUGCACAUCCCCAUCUUCCGCACCGGGGACCUGAGCUAUGAGUCCUCUGUCAGGUGCUACACACAGAGCCAGACAGCAGAGGUCAUGGAGGACUUUGCAGAGAGGAGAAAUGCAGAGGAGUCUCGCAUCACUUUCUUGAGAGGGGAGAAGGUGAAGAACUGCAGUGUUUCUAUCAGUGAUGACCCCGCCUUUGAACCAGAAGAGCAGUUCCAGGUCUAUCUUGGUAGCCCGCUUGGAAACCAUUGGAGUGGAGCUAGGAUCGGAAAGAUGGACACGGUGACCGUAACUGUCACCAAUGACGAAGAUGCACCCACCAUUGAGUUUGAAGAAGCUGCAUACCAAGUACGGGAGCCGCCUGGCCCGGAGGGUGUUGCUGUUAUAAAUGUCAAGGUGGUCCGGAGAGGGGAUCAGAACAGGACCUCCAAAGUCCGCUGUAGCACCCGCGAUGGCUCAGCUCAGGCCGGAGUGGAUUACUAUCCCAAGAGUCGAAUGCUCAAAUUCAGCCCAGGUGUGAACCACAUCAUGUUUAAGGUGGAGAUCAUGUCCAAUGAAGACCGGGAGUGGCAUGAGUCCUUUUCUCUGGUGCUGGGUCCAGAUGAUCCGGUGGAAGCUGUUCUUGGAGAUACCAGCACUGCAAUAGUGACUAUUUUGGAUCAGGAGGCAGCAGGGAGCCUGAUUCUACCAGCACCUCCUGUGGUCGUCACCCUGGCUGAUUACGACCGUGUGGAAGAAGUGACCAAGGAGGGUGCUAAGAAAUCCCCCUCCCCAGGCUAUCCGCUCGUCUGCGUCACUCCUUGUGACCCUCACUUCCCCAAGUACGCCGUCAUGAAGGAGCGCUGCAGCGAGGCUGGCAUCAACCAGUCGUCAAUACAGUUCAGCUGGGAAGUCGCAACCCCCACGGAUGGGAAUGGAGCCAGGUCGCCUUUUGAAACCAUCACUGACAACACACCGUUCACUAGCGUCAACCAUAAGGUACGUGGCUGGGUACCGGCAUGGCGAGGCUGCAAGAGCGCAUGGCAUAAACCUUGCAACGCUGGUGCAUUUGACCCACAUCCAAUGGACAAGGCUGGCCAUGUGGGGACCCCCCUGAGAAGCAACGUGGUUACCAUAGGCACAGACAGUGCCAUUUGUCACACUCCUGUGGUCGCAGGGACGGCCCGAGGUUUCCAGGCACAGUCGUUCAUUGCCACUCUGAAGUACUUGGAUGUCAAGCACAAGGAGCAUCCCAACAGAAUCCACAUCUCGGUGCAGAUCCCACAUCAGGACGGUAUGCUGCCCCUCAUCUCCACCCUGCCGCUGCACAAUCUGCAUUUCCUUCUCUCCGAGUCUAUCUACAGGCACCAGCAUGUCUGCUCGAACCUGGUCACCAUCAGAGACCUCAGAGGCAUCUCGGAGGCAGGGUUUCUGGAUGAAGUGACCUACGACAGCAUCGUUCUCGGUCCCGGCUAUGACCGCCCUUACCAGUUCGACCCGGCAGUGAGAGAGCCAAAGACGAUCCAGCUCUAUAAGCACCUCAACCUGAAGAGCUGCAUUUGGACUUUCGACGCUUAUUACGACAUGACCGAAUUAAUUGACGUCUGCGGAGGCUCUGUCACCGCUGACUUCCAGGUACGGGACUCUGCUCAGUCCUUCUUAACCGUCCACGUCCCGCUCUAUGUGUCCUAUAUUUACGUGACAGCGCCGAGAGGCUGGGCUUCUCUGGAGCAUCACACAGAGAUGGAGUUCUCCUUUUUCUACGAUACUGUUCUCUGGAGGACAGGGAUUCAGACAGACAGCGUUCUCUCAGCCCGCCUGCAGAUCAUCAGGAUCUACAUCCGCGAGGACGGCCGGCUGGUUAUCGAGUUCAAGACACAGGCCAAGUGAGAGCGGCUGUUUGUAAUGGAGCACCACAGCCUGCCAGAUGUCAAAUCUUUCUUAAUGACUCCAGACCAUUUGGGAGGGAUCGAAUUUGACCUGCAGCUGCUGUGGAGCGCUCAGACUUUCGACUCUCCCUACCAGCUCUGGAGAGCAACCAGCUCCUAUAACAGGAAGGACUACUCUGGAGAGUACACGAUCUUCUUAAUCCCUUGUACUGUGCAGCCCACCCAGCCGUGGAUAGAGCCCGGAGACAAGCCCCUGCCCUGCACGGCUCACGCUCCCGAGCGGUUUUUGAUCCCAAUUGCCUUCCAGCAGACAAACCGCCCAGUUCCUGUCGUCUACUCCCUAAACACAGAGUUUCAGCUGUGUAACAACGAGAAGGUGUUUCUGAUGGACCCCACCAAAUCCGAAAUGUCCCUGGCAGAAAUGGAUUACAAAGGGGCCUUUUCAAAGGGGCAAAUCCUCUACGGCCGCGUGCUCUGGAACCCCGAACAAAACCUAAAUGCCGCUUACAAACUGCAGCUGGAAAAAGUCUACCUGUGUACGGGCAAGGAUGGCUACGUGCCUUUCUUUGACCCAACGGGCACCGUCUAUAACGAGGGGCCCCAGUACGGCUGUAUUCAACCCAACAAGCACCUGAAACACCGAUUUCUCCUCUUGGACCGAAACCAGCCGGAAGUGACGGAUAAGUAUUUCCAGGAUGUGCCUUUUGAUGCCCACUUUGCUUCCGAACUGUCCGAGUUCCGUUCGGUAAGCAGCAUGCCCGGCGUCGACGGAUUUACUCUCAAGGUGGAUGCUCUCUACAAGGUGGAAGCUGGGCACCAGUGGUACCUUCAAGUCAUCUACGUGAUUGGCCCAGAGAGCAUGGCGGGGCCCCGCGUCCAGCGAUCCCUCGCUCGCCGCUGGAAGCGCGGCCGCAGGGACCUGGUGGAGGGCGACGGGAGGCUGAUGCUGGAGGACUCCUUGAUCUACGACAACGAAGGCGACCAGGUCAAGAACGGCACCAACAUGAAGUCGCUGAUUUUGGAGAAGGAGGAGGCCGCCAUCGCAGCCUCCUUAUCGCAAACGGGCGCUUCGCUGGGGAGCGCCUUCGCUGCCGUCACCCUCCUGCUGCUGGUGCUCGCGGGAGUUUGCCUCCUCGCCAGAAAGUGCCGAAAGCUGCGGAGGAAGCGGGCGGCUGCCAGAGCCGCCCCGGAGGAGCAUCCCCUGAACACCAAGGUGGAGCUGCCCAGGGGCGCGGAGAAGGCCCUGGACAGCCGGUACUGCACCGUGCGGAACGUGAAUAUAUUGAGGGAAACGGGGGGCGUCGGCGAGGGGAAGGGCAGGAAGGUGAAGCAGGUGAAUUUGGAAGUCAAAGUCCACAGCAAUUUGCACGACGGAACAGAAGUUUAA